AUGUGCCGAAAGGACCCAGUGCUGAAGAUGUCCUUGGUGGUCCUGGGCUUCCUGGGACUGGCACACGCCUGCAUCCCUCAGAAAGUGGCUGUUGAGGAGAAAAGUUUGCUGAGCCUGCAGGUAUUGAGCGAAGAAACGGAUGACUGCAAGGAGGAAGUGAAGCUCAGCCCAGCCACCACCCCUCUCAAGAAGCCGUUCCCAAAGAGGAACACGUGGAACCUCCUGAAAUGCGCCUACAUGAUGGUGACCUUCCUCUUCAUGUCCUACAACAAAGGAGACUGGUGUUACUGCCACUACUGCAACCAAGAGCUGGACAUCAGAGAUGACCCCUGCUGCUCCUUCUAG